AUGACUUCUUCAAGGUUCUAUCCGCCCGAACAAGACACCAAGAACAUCAGCACCAAGAACUCAGAGGUGAAAGAUGUGACAGUUGAAACUACGCCGAAUGAGUCCGUUUAUAGCGAUGAAAACUCGCAACGCCGAGGAUGGGAUCUAUUCCAUUGGCAUGGCCCCGGAACGACCAAAGAGGAAAAGGUCCUGAUCUUCAAGCUGGACUGGUUCCUCUUGAGCUACAGCUGCCUAUGCUUCUUCAUCAAGCAACUCGAUCAAAAUAACAUAUCCAAUGCCUACGUCUCUGGCAUGAAGGAGGAUCUCGGCUUCGGUCCAGGUGACGAACUCAGCUGGAUGAACACGUUCUUCAAUGCUGGACAGAUCGUUGGCGGCCCGUUUUCCAACUUGAUUCUGACCGUCAUCCGACCGCGAUACUGGCUUCCGUUCUGUCUGAUGUCAUGGUCCCUUUUCGUGCUGUUCCUCUUCAAGUGCAACACUGCCAGUGAAUUUUACGCCCUGCGCUUCUGCAUCGGCUUAUUCGAAUCGGCGGCCUGGCCGGGAAUUCAAUACGUGCUCGGAUGCUGGUACAAGAAGUCCGAAAUCGCUCGACGUAGCGGUCUUUUUGUAAUGUCCGGUGUCCUCGGUCAAAUGUUCUCGGGAUACCUCCAAGCUGCUCUAUACACUGGCAUGGAAGGGAAACACGGGAUGCCCGCCUGGCGUUGGCUCUUCAUCUUCGAUUUCCUGCUCGCCGUUCCCGUCGCUAUUUACGGUUUCUUCUUCUACCCCGACACGCCUGAAAACACGACCGCAUUCUACCUAACCGAGUGGGAACGGCAUCGGGCGCUCGAACGAAUGCAAGAAGACGGUCGGGCAUCCAGUGCGCGUCUCGAUCGCACGAUCUUCAAACGCGUCCUUGCCUCCUGGCAAUUCUAUACGUUUUCCAUCGCGUACGCCCUCUGGACACUGACGUGCGGAUCGUACGUGAUGCAAUAUUUCAGCCUGUGGCUCAAAUCUACGGGCGAAUACUCUGUCCCACAAAUUAAUAACAUCCCGACCUGCAUCGGAGCCGUUAACUUCGUCUUCAUGAUCUCCACGGGCUAUUUGUCCGAUAAGCUAGGCCGUCGGAACAUCGUCUGCUUCGGCGUCGGGUGUGUGCUCACAUUCUGCUACAUCAUCCUCACUAUCUGGGAUGUUCCACAUAAGCUCAAAAUUGCAGUCUUUAUCCUGACGGGCUCCUAUGGCUGCUAUACGCCUUUGCUCGCGGGAUGGGUCAACUCCGUGUGCGGCGGGGACCAGCAACUUAGGGCGUUUACGCUGGGCUUCAUGGUUAGCUUCGGAUACGCGGUUGUUAUUCCCUUCCAGCAGUUGCAAUUUCCAAGUGGACAGGCUCCUGAGUUCAAGGCGACGCAUGGAUGGCCGAGUGGACUUGCAUUUGUUGUUGCUUUGACCUUGUUUACUGGGUUCGGGAUUGAUCUGAUACAGAGGAUUUGGGGGAGGGUGAAGAAGGACUCUGAGGGUGCCUGA